UCCUCUAUUUUUCCCUUGUUGUCCCUUCCAUGGCUAGUCGCUACGAGCUAGAGCUGAUUAUCUCCUCCGCCAAAGACCUGAAGAAUGUGAACAGGCGUCACGGCUCUCUGAAGCCAUACGUCGUAGUUUGGGUGGAUCCUGCGGCCAAGCUCUCCACCAAAGUCGACAACGAAGGCGACACCUCUCCUGGCUGGAACGAGACUCUACUCAUUCCGGUCCCCUCCCGGAUCGAAGACUCCACACUCUACCUCGACGUCGUCCAUUUCAAAGCCGAUGACGAAGACGACACCAAGCCGGUCGUCGGCUCCGCUCGCCUCUUCCUCCCCCACGUGGUCGACGAAGUCGGCUUCGGAGCCCAGGCCAUCCGCACUCUCGAGCUCCACCGCCCCUCCGGCCACCCUCAGGGAAAGGUGGAAGUUAAGGUCUCCGUGAGAGAUCCGCGCUACCGUGCGCCUGAGUCCGCCUACGCCACUCCAUGCGUAGAUCAAGUUGUGAAGAAGGAGGAAGCUGAGGUUGUGAAGGUGGCUGUCCAUGGAAAAUCCCACAUCAUGCCCACUAAGAAGCUAGGAAGAAGAGAGUGUCAAUUGGUCACAUUUGAUCUCCCAUAUUUGGCCUUUUACUAUAACCAAAAACUGUUAUUCUACAAGGGGUGUGACUUUGAGGACAUGGUGGGUAAAUUGAAGGAUGGGUUAGGGGUAGUUUUGGAAGAGUUUUAUCAGUUGGCUGGGAAGCUAGAGAAGGAUGAAGAUGGGGUCUUUAAGGUCGUGUAUGAUGAUGAAAUGGAGGGUGUAGAAGUGUUGGAAGCAAGUGCUGAUCAUGUCAGUGUCUCUGAUCUAAUGGAUGUGGAGAGCACAAGCAUGAUGAAAGAUAUGCUGCCACACACCCAAGUCUUGAACUUUGAGGGUCUUCAUAAACCCCUCCUCGUCCUACAGUUCACCAAGCUAAGAGAUGGCCUCGCAAUGGGAUGCGCGUUCAACCACGCUGUCCUCGACGGUACCUCCACGUGGCACUUCAUGAGCUCGUGGGCCGAAAUCUGCAGUGGAGCCGACUCCAUCUCCGUCCCACCGUUCCUCGACCGCACCAAAGCGCGCAAAACGCGCGUGAAGUUCGACCUCCCCCUCGACCCCACAGCCGCCAAUCCAAGCGGCACGUCGGAGCCGCCGCCGCUUCUCCGCGAGCGCAUCUUCCGAUUCUCGGAAUCUCAAAUCAACCGGGUCAAGUCAACGCUCAACAAAACCCCAUCUGACGGCUCCAGACCCUUCUCCUCCUUCCAAUCGCUCUCCACGCACGUGUGGCUCGCGGUGACACGCGCUCGCCAACUCAAACCCGAGGACGUCACCGUCUACACCGUCUUCGCCAACUGCCGCAAGAGGGUCGACCCUCCCAUGCCGGAGUCCUACUUCGGCAACCUGAUUCAAGCCAUCUUCACCGUCACCGCAGCCGGACUCCUCUACGCAAACCCGCCGGAGUUCGCGGCGGCAAUGAUUCAAAAAGCGAUCGUAACGAACGACGCGAAAGCCAUCAACGAACGCAACGAUAAGUGGGAGAGCAACCCAAUAAUAUUCCAGUUCAAAGACGCCGGAGUGAACUGCGUUACGGUGGGAAGCUCGCCGAGGUUCAAGGUGUACGACGUGGACUUUGGGUUUGGGAAGCCGGAGAGGGUGAGAAGUGGAUCGAACAACAAAUUUGACGGAAUGGUGUAUUUGUAUCAGGGGAAGACCGGGGGAGGAAGCAUUGACGUUGAGAUAACGUUGGAGGCUGGUACAAUGGAAAGGUUGGAGAAGGAUAAGGAGUUUCUAAUGGAGGUUUAGGUGU